AAUUUCCUGCCAAGUCUUUGUAGGCACCUGCUUGGAUGUAUUCUCUCAAGACAGGAAGACAAGGCCUUCACUACAGACAAGCUAUACAGCCUCUACAUAAAAAAUGACAAGCUUUUCUGUCUCAAGGUGCUAUGUAUCAAUUACACAACCUAUAAUAUUAGGAGAGUCCAAGAUUCACUCAAUCCACAGAUGCAUGCUGAUAUCAUGUUGCUAUUGGAUAACACUGAACAUCCCUACAUUUAUGCUUGA